CUGUCAGCUGGAGGUGUCAGUAAAAGAUAAAGUUGCCGUUACAGUGUGAAGCGGAGUUUCCCUGUCGCAGUGCUGAUUUGAUAAUUUAUUUACUAAAUCAAUUACUAAAAAGUUAGUGUGUGUCUUGAAUUGAAGUUGUUUAAAGUGUCACUUGCAAGAAUCUUGUGGGCAGUUUAAUGAAGCCAGAAGAGAGCGGUGGAAUCAUGCUGUUGCUGUCAGAUAUCUUUCAGGAGACACCUUGAUUUGGUCGAAUACCCUCUCAUCGUUGGCGUAUAAACUGGCUUGAAGAUGCCUUUCGGGUACAAUCGGGAGACAACAGUUAAGAUGAAAUCUGGGAAGGCUUCUAAGGCACUUUCUUCAGGAAGGUUAGUAGGUUCUUCAAAGCAACGUAAUGGAAAAAAGAGGUUUACAAGUAGAAAAGCUUCAACAAAUUCUGUAGACUCUGGUUACUCCCUGUAUUCCACAGAUUCUGAGGAUCAGGUUGCCAAUAUUCAUAAAGGCCUUGAUCGAUGUGCAGCUUUAUUGCAAGACAUUUUGAAAAAUGAGACAGCAGAUCAGAAGGUUGCUGCUCUGCCUUCAAAGAAGACAAAUGUUAGAAAAGCAAAAGUGGCUUCCAACAAAGGAGAAAACAGUAAAAAGGAAGUCAAGAAAAAUGGGCCUGUUUCCUGUGCUGUAUGUUUGCAGCAAGAGACAGCUUCAACACCAAAGUUGAAGAGGAUUCCUGAUGCAGUUGAAGUAGGUGUGAACAACACUACCCAUGUGUCAACGAUGCCACAAUCGACAAUUCCAUCAAAUCAGCACUCUCCUGUUAUAAAUCAUUGCCUCUCUGAUCACGUACAGACACAAAUGGGUCUUAUAAAUGACCAUGCUCCAGGAGGUCCCUCAAGUAGGAUAUCGCCUCGAUCUUACUACACAAUCUUGGACUCUGGACCCCAAGUUGUUUCAGCAUUUAAUUGUAGGCUGCCUACAUCUACACCAACUCUGUCUCCAAAGAAUCUUGAGCAUCCGUUAGUAAUACAUUCUAGUAUACCCACUGAGCUUUGUGAUCAACCUGUUCUUCAAAAAGGAUUGAACUUUGUACCAGCAUAUUCAGGUUCAGCUACCAUUGUCCCUACAGCACAACCUGUGGUAACUUUUCCGGUAUCUGCAGUCACAUCUGUGGCUGCACAUCCUUUAGCUCAGUUAGUCUGUAACACUGGCACUGGGCAUAGUCACUACCCACAACAAGUAAAGGAACAAGAGCUGCUAAAGUGUAUCCAGUGUCAUACAACCCAAAUGCACCAAGGGGAAGUAUUCCAGCAAGUGACUUGGGAAGCACAAGGGACUGAUAAAUCAGAUACGGAGCAAAGUGAUGGGACAACAAGUGAAGAUGAUCACAUAAAUUUUGUGGAUAUUACACCAGUAAAAGAUACCAGAUGUCAGACCAGCUUUGACAAGCACACAAAACCUAAAAAGCAAAGUCCUGACAAAACAGCCAAGAAAGUGAAAACUAUCAGAUAUCUGUUGAGUGAACUGAAGGCUCUAAUUGUUGACCAAGCCUGCCUCAACACUCAGAAACCCCCAUGGCAGCCUCCAAAAGGCAUUUGGCAGCAGAGAGCCCGACUCCAGCCUGCACAGGCUUCUCUGCCUACCGAAGGUCAAAAAUCCCACCUUUUGGAUGAUUCUGAGGCUCACAGAUUGAUAAUGGAACUAGAGGAUAGUAUCUCUCUACUACCAACUGUGAUUGGAAGCACAAAUGUACAAGCAGAAAUAGCUCUGAGUCUCCAACCUCUACGCAGUGAGAAUGCACAACUGCGCAGACGAUUAAGGAUAUUAAACCAGCAACUUCGAGAGCGAGAAAGAGCUGAAAAAGACUCCAGACCUGUAGAAAAUAACUUUGAAGUGAUUUCCUUGCAGUCCAUGAAUACAACAUUGCAGGCCCAGCUGGCAGAGUCUGUGAAGGGGCUGGAGUCUUUGCAAAAGGAAAAUGAAGAACUGCUGACUGUAAUCGAUAAACAGAGAGAGGAGAAUAAACAGCUUCUCAAAUUAGUGCAGGGGAAAGAACAGGAUCUGUUUGAGAAGAGCCAACAAUGUGAGAUGGACACAACUCGAGUCAAAAUUGAAGUAGGUGAAGCCUUGACAAAAAUGCGAAACAUUCAGCUGAAGUUGGAAGCUUCCGAGAAGGAGAAUCAAAUUUUGGAAAUAACACUUCAUCAACGUGAUGCAGAAGUGAACAGAUUACGAGAACUAACCAGAAAACUGCAAGGUAGCAUGGCAAGACUCCUUUCAGAUCUUAGCACAGAUUGCAUGAAAACCAAACCCACGUCCAGACUGACUAGAAACCUCCUACAUGAAUAUGAAAAACAACUACAGGAUGUUCCAGGUUUGAGUUCUGUGACAGCUUAUCUUAAAAAUCUGGAUAAUAAUGCUGAAUACAACACUCCAACUUUAUCAUUUUGUAAAGUUCCUGAAUCUGAAUCUUUAGCCACGCGAGAUCCCCCUUACUUAACAUCUGCAAACACAGGAACGUGCCAAAGUAAUGUUCUGUCAGCAAAGUCUUCACCCAGCAUCUUUUCCAGGUUUGACGCACAGACUGAAUGCCAUAUAACUAGAGGAAGUGAGAACUCUACUCUAGAUGAAACCACAUAUCUUCCGCUAGUUGGCAAUACCACCAAGCAAGAAAAUAAAUCAGUUGAAAGGAGGAAAUGUAUACCAUUACAUUUGAACAGCGGAUCAAAGAAAUUGCACUAUGACAAUGGAAGUUCAUGUAAUGGAGUGGUAGUAGUGCCAUGUAUCCUGGAUGACUUACAAAAACCAGAAAAGCCUGUUCCUGAAGAAAUACCUGUUACUCAAAAUUUAAAAGAGAAGACUCUGGUAAAUGAUUGUGCAUCAAGAAUGGCAGAGACAGAAAAUAAGCAGAUUCAGUUAACGCAUUUGGACAUAAAUAGUGUUAAUUCUCCACACACUACUACAGAUCUUCCAAAAUCCAAUUUAAAUCCAUGUACACUUCAUUCAGAUCAGAGAAACAGGACACUGUUGUAUAAAGACAAGUUUUCAGCAGUAGACUCAAGCUUCUCUAGUACUGAUUAUAAAUCUAUAAAAUCAGGCUGGAGUAUUUCAUCUAUUUCUUCAUUUAAUUCUCGUGAUGAACAAGACUUCAAGAAUAGUCUGGCAGCCCUAGAUGCUAACAUUGCAAGACUGCAAAAGAGCUUGCAGGCGGAUCUUGAGAUAAAUCGAUGUCAAAAUAUUUAAUGAUAAACUUGACUUUUAUCUGUAGAUUGUGUAUUCUUUGAUUUUCAACAUAUGAUAUGAUUUAAUGGAAUGUUAUUUUUAAUGCUGUGCACUGAAUUUUACAUUUAGGUAAGUUUUUUUUUUUUCUUGUUUUAUAAUCAUGUCUUUUUUUUCCACUUAUUAGAUUUUAAUUUCAGAAAAUAGAUUCUCAUGCGUCUUUACUAGUUUAUUUUCAUUUUAGAACCAAAUGAAACUUCAUUUGGGUGAAAUUCCUUCAAUUUGUACUUGCAUUUCACAAAUCAUAAAGAUCAGGUCUCUUUCAGAGGAAAUUACAUCUUGUACAGAUUUUGGUUUUGCCACCAUCUGUGUACAGGCCUUAGUCACUUCUGUCAAAGAUAUAGAAUACUUUACUUUCUAAGCCUUUUGAAGCACAACAGCUUAUCAGUCCUCAAAUUGAUGUCCUGCAGAUGUCAGGAAAUAAUCUAAAGCAUCUGUGCAUGGUCUGAAUUUUCAAUAAACUUCAUCAGACUUGCCUUAAUAAACAUCAGACUUGCCUUACAUGGGUGCUUCCAAUGCAGUCCAGCAUGGCACCAUUUUAAUUAUCCUCUGGUUAACUUGGAUAUGUUAUGAUUGCUAAUGCUUAAAUUAAAAUCCACCUGGAAAUGUAACAGUUACUACUUUUGAGGGAUUGACUGAUGCUGUACAUUAGACACUGGAGACACAAUCUUCUCCUGAAGAUGGUCAGUUAGUGGGAUGGAAAAUUAAUUAGAUAUGUUAUGGCAUACCCAAACUCCACUACCUUCCCUCCUCAACCCAAGAAUGAGUCCUAGCUGGGAAAGCUUAGGGUCAACCUUCCUGAACCCUGCUUCACUGAUUUGCCAGUAGCUCUCAUUGGGUGGAUCUUCUGGUCCCAUGGUCUUGCUAAGCAAGCAGUGGGAAGGCCAUAACUUGGCCUUCCCCAAGAAGCAUGAUUCAGCAGGCCUGCCCUGGAAGAGGCAACACCAGCAUCUUGGUUUUAAAAAAAAAGGGGGGGUCACCCAUUUUAAAACAGAUGGGAAAACAUUUUUUUCUGAAAGACUUGAGAGUCUUUGGAAUUCUCUUCUUUGAAAGGCACUGUAUGCAGAAUAUUUAAAUAUUCUUAAGGCAGAGGUAGGUGGCUAGGCAGCCUUAAUUCAGGUUUUAAUGGAGAUAAAGCCAAAGUUGAUCCUAACCACUAUUUUUGGAGCUAGUUUGUUGUAUAGUCAUGUAUCAUGACUCCCAGUGCUCCUCAUCCACCAGCAGAAAUUCUGUAUAGAAGAUUACAAACAAUAAAAGCUAACUUAAAAACAUCCAAUCUGGUCAUUUAUGCUGACUACUGAAAGCAAUCAAAACAAUUUCCAGGUUACAACUAUAGCCCUGAGGCAU